CUCGCGCUCCGACUAUUAGACAAAGAGCAAUUGCAAAAAGAAGACUUGGUCGAGAUUCUCGGUCCGCGACCGUUUGCAGAAAAGCAAACGUACGAAGAGAUUGUCGGUCAAGGCCCGCUUGAUGAAGACACCACCUUACCACCAGGGCUCAGGGAUUGGAACAAAGAACCACCUGCUGAAGCCAAAACCGAAAGUUCUUGA